CCUCAGCUCACUCCGUGUUGUGGUUAGCUGGAUGUAGCCGGAUGCUAUCCCCAUGCUGUCUGCUGGAGCCGGCUGUAUGUGUAUCACUGAUGGUGAUGGCUCUCCCAUAAGGAAGGCGGGCGGAGGAGCGGGUCUGUGUUUUCUGACUAAACUCACCGAGUGAAGCACCGUGGUCAUGGCCGGGGUUUUCGACAUCGAUUUGGAUCAACCGGAUGAGAAUGUCUCUGACGACGAACUGGAGGACGCGGGCCAGCUCGGUGAAUAUAUGGACCAGUGCACUGGCUUUGAAUUUAACAUGGAUGACUGUGAGAAGUUUGAAAUUUCAGAGAACAGUGUGAACAAGGGAACAGAGCAGAUCAGGCCUGAAUGCUUUGAGCUGCUGAAAGUUUUGGGAAAAGGUGGCUAUGGAAAGGUGUUUCAAGUUCGGAAGGUAGCAGGUGCCACCUCCGGGAAGAUAUUCGCUAUGAAGGUUUUGAAGAAGGCCAUGAUUGUGCGUAAUGCAAAGGACACGGCGCACACCAAAGCCGAGAGGAACAUUCUGGAGGAGGUGAAGCAUCCCUUCAUAGUGGACCUCAUCUAUGCCUUCCAGACAGGGGGAAAGUUGUACCUCAUCCUGGAGUAUCUGAGCGGAGGGGAGCUGUUUAUGCAACUGGAAAGAGAGGGCAUCUUCAUGGAAGACACAGCAUGUUUCUACCUGGCUGAGAUCUCGAUGGCGCUGGGUCACCUGCACCAGAAAGGCAUCAUCUAUAGAGACCUGAAGCCUGAGAACAUCAUGCUCAACAACAACGGACAUGUGAAGUUGACAGACUUUGGUCUAUGCAAAGAGUCCAUCCAUGACGGAACGGUCACCCACACCUUCUGUGGUACAAUCGAAUACAUGGCUCCAGAGAUCCUAAUGAGGAGCGGACAUAACCGAGCAGUGGACUGGUGGAGUUUGGGAGCUCUCAUGUAUGACAUGCUGACAGGAGCACCUCCAUUCACCGGUGAAAACCGAAAGAAGACGAUCGACAAAAUCUUGAAAUGCAAACUCAGCCUUCCACCUUACCUCACACAAGAAGCCAGGGACCUCCUGAAAAAGCUGCUGAAACGAAAUGCCUCGUUACGACUCGGCGCUGGACCGGGAGAUGCUGCUGAGAUCCAGGCUCACCCAUUCUUCCGUCAUAUAAACUGGGAUGACCUCCUCGCUCGCAAAGUAGAGCCUCCAUUUAAACCAUACCUGCAAUCGGCCGAUGACGUCAGCCAGUUUGACUCCAAGUUCACCAGCCAGACUCCAGUGGACAGCCCCGACGACUCCACGCUCAGCGAGAGUGCCAAUCAAGUCUUCCUGGGUUUCACAUAUGUAGCCCCAUCUGUGCUUGAAAACGUCAAAGAGAAGGGCGCUUUCGAGCCAAAGGUGCGCUCACCACGGAAGUUCCCAGGAAGCCCAAGAACACCUGUGAGUCCGGUGAAGUUCGUAGGAGGGGACUUCUGGCCCCGGGGACCCACGCUGACUGGCCGCACCUUGGAGCAACCCAUGGAGGAGCAAAUGGACACGAGCGGCAGCGGCGGCGGCGCCUCCGAGGCCUCCGCGCCACUUCCCAUCAGACGCCCUUCAGGCAUCCAUGCGGGACCCUACAAAAAGCAGGCCUACCCCAUGAACUCCAAGCGGCCCGAACAUCUACGAAUGAACCUAUGACGCUCGGCUCGCCUACGAACACUAGGACUCUUCCAAUUCCUCAUCCUCUUCCCUGUUGUUGUUUUCUGUCAAAGAGACUUGUAGAAUUUUUUUCAAAUUGACUGACAAUGUCAGUGCUGAUCACCAGCUCUUCCAGCAGCGCCUUCCCAUCCUUCCUGACUCAGCCUGGCCUCCUCAGCCUGACGCAGAUAAUCAGCAGUUGGAGAUGUGUGGUCAGUUGGGGGAGUUGUGUGAGAGGUGCUCCUCAAUGAAAGUUGACUUGCUUGUUGGCUGGUUAAUGCCUCCUCAACUGGCAUUAUCAUAUGAUUUACUGGUGCUCUUUUAUCCUCAACUCUGGACAUUGUUACUUUUAGUGUUAACGGCUCAUUGCCUCAUCACAGUGAGAGAAUUUGGUAACGAGGGGCAUUUAUUUCUCCCUCAAUACGCCAGGCUUUUGUUUUUUGUUUAACGGACAUCUUGUGAUAGGAACUUGCAGGUUAUACUGUCAGUAGGUAGAAUUAUCGGAUAGCAAUUCCACAAUGAACACAGUAUUCCUUUAUGUUGGAGGAAAACAAUCACAUUGCCUUUGUCACUGGAGCGAGGAGUAGGUGGAGCAUGACUUACGGAAAAGCAGCUAUAAAAAGAUAGAAGUGAAAUUUCAGCCGAAAGCAUCACUUCCACCACAAUCAAUACCAAAUGCCGGCACUGCUUUACUCGUCUGUCUGGAGUGCUUUCUGUACAGAAGCACCGUUCGGUUUCUUUGUGUUGAAUGUAAACAGAUUCUAAAUGCCUUUUUUUUUUGCGUAAAUCUCCUGCGCUCAGCUCUAAUGACCCCUGCAGCGUUAUUCUUAACUCCUCUAUUCAUGCAGUCUCAUUGCCACUGUCAUGGUUGGAGCCCAACAAACAGGUCGACCCAAAAUACACAGCCAAAUUGAUAUCACUGCACUUUAUUGAUUCAGGCAGUGUGUAUGUCUUAUAUGCUUUUUGUGCAUUUACAGUAAUGGGGCUCUACUAAACCCUGUUUGAGCUGAGAUGUAUGGCCUGUUUGUGUGAUGUGAAGCUGCUAUAUGAGCCUCUGGAGUCAAGCCAUUCCAAACUCCUCACCUUAAAACUGACCAUGCCAUUCAAUGCAGAUUCUCAUGAUGCUGAAUGGAUGAAAACUAGCUUCGGUUUGAAUGGCUCCCUGGUGUUUUUUUGCUAUCAAAACACUUAGUGUUUAAUGAAUUGACCAAGAACACUGUUUCAAUGAACCAAAUGAUUUUCUUUUUUGCUGGUAAACUAACAAACCCUGGACAACAGCUGUAGAAGUGUGUCGCUGGUUUGUUGUAAGAACAAACACGUUUUGUUCAUAAUGUCCUUUUUGAUCAUACUGACUUUGUUCUCCACAGUGAUGCUCGCAGAGGCAGUUUAAUACGUUCCUGUAAUGUAUAACCUAGGUGCUCUAGCCAGCUUAGAUCGAGGAUCUAAUAUCGAUCAGAGUCAGGCUGAGCCCAUUGAUUUUCUUCUUCUUCUUCUUCUACCAUUCCAGUACAACAAUUAUGUUUAAAGACCAGUCACUCCACUAAAACUUUGUUACAAUAUUUAUUUUAAGUGCCAUUUGUGUUUCCACUGCAUUGUUCACACUAUGCAAACUAUGUAUUUAUUAUGUAGUAUUAUUUAGAUAAGGCAGCAGAAUGUGUGAUAAUUUGUUUUUUUUGUCAAAGACCGAUUUCUAUCAUAAUAAUAAUAAGCAUGUACAGUAUGAUUUAAUUUCCACAGAACAUGUCUUACAGCAUUCUCAGAUGCAGCUUUUUUUUUUUUUUUCAAAACUGAGGACAGUGUCCUAAAGUCUUACAGUAUUUAUUGUGUGGCAUAGUAUCAUAUUGACGGGGGAUUUUCAGAAAACAUUUUAAUAUCUUAAGACUUUCCUUGCUGAAAACUUGAACUUCAGUUUGUCUUUUUGCAGUGCUUAAAGCAAGGGCAGAUAUUGUGUGUGUGUGUGUGUGGGGGGGGGGACUGAUGCAAAAACCAAUGAUAAUUUCUUUGCUUCAUAUAUGAUCUGAGUGGGAUAAUUUCUGUGUGUGUGUGUGGAGAAACUAAAAAUGCUACUUUGCUUCUGUUCAGGUGUGCUUGAGUUUCCUCCACACUGAGAUGUUUGAGAAUCAUCUUGUCAAGUUUACUUCAGGUGAGAAACACCAUCUUUGAGUAGAAUGGGUGUUUUAAUCACUGGUGGUUAUUGAAUAACAUUAUUCCUGGUUUGUCACCCCUAGAUCUGCCCCUUCAGAUGGGGAAAGUUAAUAUGUAUCAUGUACAUAACAAAGUCAAAAUAAAAAAAAAUAACGGG